UGCAUUCACACCAUGCUAGCUAGCUCCUUCAAUUCAAUUCAAUUCAAUUCCCACCAAAAUGGAAAUCGCCGACCACAGCACUCCCACUACAGAUUAUCACUCCAAAGUCGACACUUCCCGUCCAUUCAACUCCGUCAAGGAGGCCGUCGCCGUAUUCGGCGAGCGCGUUCUCGCCGGUGAAAUCUACUCAUUGCCCAGGCCUUACUCUACCGUCGCCACUCCCAAUAAUCAAUAUUUAGAAGCAUGGAAAUUCUCGCCCAGUCCUCCCGUACUGCACGCGAAGCCUAAGGACGACGUCAUCGUGGACAUCGACAUCGACGACGGCGGCCAGUAUAGUCUGAGGAACACGCUGAGGAAACUGGAAGCGGAGCUGGAGGAAACGAAGAGGGAGGUGAAGUUGCUGAAAGAAAGGGAGUCUGAGACGGAGGUGGCGCUGGCGUCGCUCAAUGCCGAGCUUCACAAGAACAUGUCCAAGUUGGCCAAGGCGGAGGCCGCAGCGGCGGCGGCGGCAGCCGCCACAGCAAGAUCUCCGGGGGAGAGUAGUAGAAAUGUUAAUAAUAAUAAUAAUGGGGAUAUAAGUUUAAGCGAGGACGAGAGGAGGAGGGAGUUGUAUGUGAGGAUGGAGGAGUCGCCGACUUUGGCUCAGAUUCUGAGCAUUAAUAGUGGGGAAGAUCAGGAUGACGGUAGUUACUUAUUAUUUGAAGGGAGCAAGAAGGAGAAGGAGAGGAAAAUGUUGAAGAAGAAGAAGAAGAAGAAGAAGCCCAUAAUUCCACUUGUCGGGGAUUUGUUUUCUAGGAAGAAAGCAGGUCCUGCUGGCCUCUCCUCAUCAUCAGCCAGUACCACUCUUCAGAAUCGUAAUUUCUAUUCAACUCCCCGCUCAUACUUUGGUUGAUUGUAUUGUAUACAUGCAGCGGAUAAAAAGCUCAUACCUCUCUCUCCCUAGAAAGAAAAAAAAAAAUCAUGCAAAAGGGUUUAAUUUGUUGAUUAAUUAUGAAAUUGAUGAUUUGACUGAAGAAUCCAUGCAUUCAUGCGUCAAAUUAAGUGGGUGUUUGAUUAACCACUGGGUUUUGGUUAUGUGCUGUGAAAAUUUGCGACACAAGGUGUUUCAAAUUUCUUGUCAUUUUGUUUUUCUGUAGCAAUUUUCUGAUAUUAUUUCA